GGCAUGGAGGAGGCCGAACACCUUCGCUGUUUUCGCGUUGUUUUCGUAUUGUAAAACGAAGUUUGAAGCGAGUAUUGGUAUUUAAUAUCAGAACUCCGAAUGGACUUCAGUAAAAAUCAAUACUGAGCCUACCAAGAUGGAUUCCCUGGAGGAGCAAUUGAGGCAGCUAACAAUAUUAAACAGUAGACCACUGCCUCCCAAACGACCUGAAGAUGACUACGUUCGAACGGGGAAGGUAGCAGCCUUGGUCGAUAACUUGCAAAAAUCAAACGCCGCCACCGCCCAACGCAGGAUUGCGCCCUCUGUGCCACCAAAACCGUUCAAAAAACAGAACGACACGCCCCAGGUGCCGCAGAGCAAAUUGGUUACCGAUACCCGAGAACCGCUUUAUUCUCGGCCUUUGCAGGGUUUGGAUCUCAAUGGUAUUAAAGAAAGUGUCAGCGGAGGUGGAGGUAGCAGUGGCACCGGAUCUAUGCUAUUACGCAAACAGCCUAUUUAUGUAAGCCAAGGCAUCGAUAAGGCAAACAGCAGUAAAUCAACAUUGGAUAAUCCUGCGGUAUUAGAGCAACAACUAGAGGCUUUGGCAUAUCAUAAGAUGCAGAUGGAAAAAAAGGGAUUGCUGGGUUCCCAGGCGCCACCGACAAAGACUAUAACAACCAUUCCAAAACUAUCGUCAACAUCUUUAAGUGGCAGUAGCAGCACCCAGCCAGCUGUUAUUUACAGCAAUCUUCGCACAUCCGAAAACUCUAUGAAAAUGGAAGAUCCGAAAAAUAUAUAUUCCUAUAUGCCUACUCUGCCAGAAGAAAGUGCUAGUACUGUAUAUUCAAAUGUACAGCAAAGAGAUCCAAAUUUGGUGGACCCAUUAGCAAGGUUCCUAUCCAUAUCUACUCACUCGGACAACUAUGGAUGCAGUAAGGAAACAGAUGAGGAAUUGCCACCGCCCAGCCCUGUUAGUUCAUCCUAUAGUGAAUUGCGCCGUGCAACAGAUGUAUUCGAUAAAGGGACCAACUUGGAUGAUAAUUCUGGCAACAAGAUGCCUGCCGAAGUUUUGCCUGGAAAUAUAAAACUUGGCCAUAAGAAUUAUGCCCAUCAAUACACUUCGUACAGCCCAACACAGCAAUGUCAUUUAAAUAAGGCAAAUAUGGAUUACUAUGGGUAUGGCGGAUUGUCACAGAGCUCGUCAACAUAUGAUUCCAUAUACGAACCCAUUAAUCCACGCCCACCAAGUGAGUUGAGUUCACGUUCCAACUACAAUAUGUAUGCCUCAUAUGUAAACGGAAGUAGCUCAAACAGCGCCAGUAUCUCCAUGAUGGGCAAUAUAAAUACAAGCGGCACAAAUACUCCCAUGUAUUGCAGUGGCGGAGCUCUCAGUGAAGUCGACCAAGAGCACCAAAGCUACCAGAAAAGGGAUGAAAACGAGGACCUGAGCAACUAUCUAUCGAACUCAAUGGAUCCCAUAAAUGAGGUCGAAAAUUAUGGCCGUUGCUUUAAGUGCAGUGAACGGGUUUUGGGUGAAAACAGUGGCUGCACAGCUAUGGAUCAGAUAUAUCACAUCUCUUGUUUCACGUGCUCUGAGUGCCAAAUAAACCUCCAGGGCAAACCGUUUUAUGCCCUCGAAGGGAAGCCCUAUUGCGAGUAUGACUAUUUGCAAACUCUUGAAAAGUGCUCAGUGUGCUUGAAGCCAAUAUUAGAAAGGAUUUUACGGGCGACAGGAAAACCGUAUCAUCCCCAAUGCUUCACUUGCGUCGUUUGUGGCAACAGCUUGGAUGGUAUACCGUUCACAGUAGAUGCCACAAAUCAAAAUUAUUGCAUCACUGAUUUUCACAAAAAAUUUGCGCCAAGAUGUUGCGUUUGUAGGGAACCCAUAAUGCCGGAGCCUGGGCAAGAAGAAACCGUUCGAGUUGUAGCUCUGGAUCGAAGUUUUCACUUAGAGUGUUAUAAAUGCGAGGACUGUGGACUUCUAUUAUCCUCAGAGGCCGAUGGUCGUGGCUGCUAUCCUCUAGAUGAUCAUGUUUUAUGCAAAAGCUGCAAUGCCCAGCGUGUUCAAGUUUUAACUAAUCGGAUGACCUCAGAACUUUAAAUUAGUAAUGAUACAUAAAAAGACAACGAAGGAAUCUGGUAAAUCUGGCUAAUAUUAUAAAAGGCUGUAUCAUGGUUACAUUCGAAGCACAUACUCAAAAUGUUCAUGCAACAUUAACAUUAAAUUAAUCAAACAAAGUAGUUCAUUCCAUAUUUAUAAACGCAAUAACAUAAUCUCAAAACAGUAAUCACAUAAA